UGGGCAUUUCGAAUGACUCUUUAUGCCUUUUGGCCUUACAAAUCGGCCACGUUCCAAGCGGCUAUGACAACGGAGUUCUGACACAUGCUGGAUAGAUUUAUACUCAUCUACCUCGACGAUAUCUUGGUGUACAGUCGGAGUUUGGACGAGUAUGUGGAGAACCUGCGCACCGUUUUGGAACAGCUACGACAAGCCAAGUACAAAGCCAACCGCCACGAAUGCAAAUUCGCACAGCAAGAGCUCGAGUACUUGGGCCAUUUUGUGACGCCGCAAGGCAUCCGUGCGCUUGCGGACAAGAUCGAGGUCAUCCGCGUAUGGCCCGAGCCCACCAACACCACAAACAUUCGCUCAUUCAUGGGGUUGGCGGGCUACUAUCAAAGCUUCAUCACCGGGUACUCAAGGAUUGCCGCACCAUUGACGAGAUUACAAUCGCCAAAGGUGCCAUUCGUAUUCCAUGACGACGCGCGCCGAUCAUUCCAAGCACUCAAGACGGUCAUGCUCAUGGCACCCGUCCUUAGCAUCUACGACCCCACCUUGCCAACGAGAGUGACAACCGAUGCCUCCAACUAUGGUAUUGGGGCAGUCUUGGAACAAAAGGACGGCGACGACUCGCAUCCCGUGGAGUACUUCAGCCACAAGGUGCCUCCAAGGAAGGAGCUGCUCGCGUUCGUAAUGGCUCUCCAGCGAUGGCCGCACUUCCUCCUUGGGCGUCGUAGGUUCGCAUGGGUCAUGGAUAACAACCCGUUGACCUACUACAAAACUCACGAUACGGUGAGCAGCCCUAUCGGGCGAUGGAUGUACUUCACCGACCAAUUUGCCUUCACACCGAAAUAUAUCGUCGACCUCUCCAAUCGUGCAACUGAUGCACUCUCACGAAAACCCGAUCUUUGCGCAAUGAUACAUCAUGCCUUCACAUUCGACGAGGAACUUCAGCGGCAUUUCAUUCGGGGUUACCAGUCCGAUCCGGAUUUCGCCACGCUAUAUGCACAGCUAUCUUCGGAUCACCCGUCGGCCAGCCAUUAUCGCAUCGUCGACGGGUAUUUGCUUCUCCACUCGCGAGGCAAGGACUUAUUGUGUGUCCCACGAGACUGUCGUCUUCGGACUCGCCUUCUCGGCGAGCACCACGACUUGCAACUCGCCGUCCAUUUCGGAGUUAAACGGACUAUCGCACGACUUCGACAACGAUUCCGGUGGCCCGACCUCAUUACCGAUGUCACUCGAUAUUGCGACUCUGGCGAAGUUUGUCGUCGAAGCAAGCCCCGCAAGCGCAAUCCCUACGGCGAGUUGCGCCCGUUGCCCAGCCCAUGGGAACCCGACCUCUCCAUUGUUAUGGACGUCACCGGUCCGUUUCCCCACGACCGCCUCGGGCACGAUGGCAUCCUCACGGUCGUUGACCGAUUGAGUAAAUACGCGCGAUUUCUCCCUUGCAAGUACUACGCCACGGCUCCCAAAACUGCGCGCCUCUUGCACACCGGCUGGAUUUGCAGCCACGGUGUACCGGAAGACAUCGUUAGCGACCGUGACACUCGUUUCACGUCGGCGUUCUAGACUUCUCUCAUGCAGGAAUCCGACAGCAAGAUGAAACCAAGUUUGGCUCGGCAUCCACAAACGGAUGAGCAAACAGA